AUGCCCUCCCUUUUUUCUAGAGAUAAUCCAUCUUACCCAUCAUCCUCUUCAGGUUCAAACACUACUCCAUAUCUUUUCUUUAUCGCCCUAGGAAUCGGCGUGGUUUUUAUUAACAUUUGGGUCAUUAUAGGCGUUCGAUACUACUUUAAACGUCGCAGAAACGCCAUCGAAGCUAACAACUAUAGAAACAACUCAGAACUCGCAUCAAUGUCUUAUGUCUAUCAUCAAGGAAGUGGCCUUUACUACCAUACUCGUGCUCCGGUUCUCUCAAGAAGACUACCAGGUUCAAAUCUUUCUCGAUCACAACAACAACCCCGCAAACUUUUAACACUAGAACAAUUAGAUGAAUUAUGUCCCGUACAAAAAUAUCGCGAAUGGGCUUCUCGACAAAAACAACACGGCUUGCCCACUGAAGGUGGAAUCUCAAAUCAAGCUGCUCAAGCUCUUGAAAAGUCUCUUCAACAACCAUCUAUCGUUACCAAUGAAAUCUCAAUAAAUGAUGAAAAUGAUGAUACCAAAAUAACAAGCAACCAUCAUCCAGAUUCUGAAACUAAAGCCACAGCCAUUGUAGCAACUACUUCUUCAAUCAUUGAAGAUGAAACUGCAGUAGAAGAUGAAGACACUGGAGAUACCUGUGCUAUUUGUAUUGACUCUUUGGAACCAGAUGACGAUAUCCGUGCUCUAGAUUGCCACCAUGUUUUCCACACAGACUGCAUCACUCCUUGGCUGACCACUCGCAGAGCUUUAUGUCCUUUGUGUAAACGUGACUACUACCAGGGUCCUUCAGAAGAAGAACAGCAAUCUCAACAACAACAACAACCACAAGUCUCAUCCCUUAUUACUCCCCCGCCUCCAUCCGCAAGAUUAGCAACAACCUCAGAUCCUAGAUCUAUCUCUCCACCACCUGCUCCUUAUUUCAACACAAGUAAUCGUCGCAGACAAUCUUCAUCUUCAAAUUCUUCUUCUAGUGUCUCUUCUAUCCUUACCAGACCACACACCAUUGGCACUACUGGGGUCAUGUAUGAACCUGAACCAACCCCAAUCUAUGAUGAAAUUAGAUUAGAGGUCCGUGAUCUCAUGGCUCGUAUCCGUAGAGCACGUGAAAACCACCGGUCAACUUCCCGAGAACAAGAUAGCCAAUCACUAGGUACAUCUGAAGUUCCUCGGACUCUUCCUAAUAAUAACAGCUUGGCACGCUCUUCAUCGCCACCGUCGCCUACUACUACUACUACUAAUAAUAAUAAUACUACAACAAGAAGUGGUGGGGGUUGGCGUUUUUGGAGAACUAGACCUGCAGUUGCUGAACAAGUAUAA